AUGCAGUACAAGACAGAGCCAGUGGGCAACAGCCUCCCCAAGGCUGACAGCGCCAAGCUUGGAUGGAGCAAGUUAGAACCCUCGCAGUUUCGUCAUCCUUACGACACUCAAGCGACGGAGGCCUUGCGCCGUCUCUUCCCCUUUGAGUUCCUGGUCAGGCAGGGCAUGGGGGGGGUGAUCGAGCAGGCCAUCUUCCUGGAUAACCUGUCGAGCGGGGUCAGGGUAGGGCCCAACCAGCUGCCCAAGAUCUACAACAGCCUCGUGGAAGCCAAGAGAAUCCUGGCCCUUGACAUUCCCGUGGAUGUCUACGUGAAGCAGAAUCCUGUUCCCAAUGCCUACACCAUGGCGAUGCAGGGGAAGAAGCCCUUCAUUGUGAUCCACAGCGCGUUGAUCGAGCUCAUGUCUCCCCAAGAGCUGCAAGCUGUGAUCGCACACGAGCUCGGGCACCUCAAGUGCGAGCAUGGACUGUGGAUCACGGUUGCCAACAUCAUCACCAACUUCGCUGCGCAGCUGCCAGGGCUGGGGAGGGUCCUGUCGGAGGUCAUGUCAAUGUCUAUCAUGCGCUGGCUGCAGUCAGCGGAGUUGUCCUGCGAUCGCGCCUCUCUCCUGGUCUCGCAGGACCCGCGGGUCGUCGUCUCCGUCAUCAUGAAGCUGACUGGAGGAUCUGCGUCGUUUGCCGGCGAGCUCAACCCGGACGCCUUUCUGAGUCAGGCGCGAGAGUUUGAGAAGGAGAGGCAAAUGAUGAGCAACGCGGCUCAGAUGCUGACCCAUCCCCUCCCUGUCACCAGAGUCCGCGAGCUCGACGCGUGGUCGAGGUCUGCAGAGUAA